AUGUCGUCAGCAGAGGCACCUGUUGUCCUUCCAGGGGACACAAUAGACCCCUCACAUAUCCCUUCACAUCCCAAGAAAGCACUGCAACUGGGUCCUGGACUGCGGCACAUUCCACCAAGCACCAUCCUGCCCACCGUCGCGGGGCAGCUCGUCACAGACAGGAGGAAGAAUUCAUUAUGGGUUGAAUUUAAUGGUGGCAGAUACGUGCCCUCACAAGGCGACCUCGUAAUCGGCCAGGUCCACCACGGCGCUGCCGACUUCUACUACGUCCAACUCACACCUCACACCUCCAACGCCCUCCUGCCCGUCCUCGCCUUCGAGAUGGCCACCAAAAAAACACGGCCACAACUUGCAAACGGGCAGCUGGUCUACGCACGAGUGUCACUGGCCAACAAGCACAUGGACGCCGAGCUGGAAUGCGUCAACCCCGCGACCGGCAAGGCAGAUGGACUAGGUCCCUUAGCCGGCGGCAUGCUGUUCACUGUGUCACUGGGCUUUGCAAGGAGGCUUUUGAUGCCCAAGAGUACCACCGAUGGGGGUGUUGUGGUGCUCGAAGAGCUCGGCACCAUGGGACUUGGCUUUGAGAUCGCAGCGGGCAGGAACGGCAGGGUAUGGGUGAACAGCGAGGCUGUGAGAUCGAUCUUGGUGGUUGGGAGGGCACUCAAGGAGACCGAUGAUGGUCGCCUGGACGUGGAUGCCCAAAGGAAGUUGGUGAAGAAGCUGGUAGACAAGACCUACUUCGUCGUGUUCUACUCUGACUUUGACCUCUACUUUGACUUCUACUACUAUACCUUCUCCUGCGACUUCUUCUACUACGAAUCACUUUCUCAAUACCUCAACUACUACUUGCGUGCCUACUCAUCAAGGACCAUGGCCUUUUUCACAAUGGCGAGUGUCCCAGCCCAAGGCCAGCCCGGCCAGCCAACACAACAACAGGCCCUUCAAGCGCGGCUCGACGAUCCCCUCGUCUCAGAGGACUUUCGUGGCGAGAUUCGUGACAUCAACGACUACUUCACUCUCUCGGCUCUCUUUGCGGCACAGCGAAAGGAAGGCCACGACAUCGCACCACUCUCUCAGGACCCCGACAAGAACUUCCCAGACAAUGACCCCGCCAAGCAGAAGCAGCUGGUUGGCCGUCUCUUCGAUGCCAUGAGAAACCAGAUAGACAUUUUGGACGGAACUGUCAAGAAAGACGCAAGCAAGCAGGUCAUUCGCGACGAGAACGGCGAGCCUGUUCGGAGGGAGAGCGGUACUGCUCGUCGGAUGCGAGAUGAGCCAAAUGUUCGUCUGGAGUUGCUGGCUUGGGGUCUUUUGCUUGGGAUCCGAGAUGCCCAGCUGGGUGCGUGCUACGCACUGAAGUGGACAUGGGAUCGCAACUUCGAGUAUCAGCACUUCGAUAGCUUCAUUGACCGAUUCAACGCCGUCCUUGACUCAAUCAAAGUCUCGAAGAAGGCCGCGGCAGACCUCAUGGAGCCCUCGUGGACCUGCAGGCUGGCAAAUGCUCCAGAGCACGAAGUCCAGAGAAAGAAGGGCAACAUGCGGGGCAACAAGAAGAAACAGACUCUCCUCGAGGAAGCUGCUGCCAAGAGGAAGCGAGAUCGCGAGGAGCAAGAGGGCCAGGAGGACGACGAGGAAAAGCACGAGGCGGCCUCGCACAAUACUCCAGGCACGCCAGGCACGCCCGCUAUUCCAGUCACUCCAGCGCCUCGAUCAAUUCGAAAGACGGCCCCGCGUAAUGCCAGAAAGCAGCCAAAGCGAUCUGCCACCGACACACCUCGUCGCGCGGCUGCCGCUACCCAACCCGCAGCAGGUCAACCUUCGGAACAAUCCAGCACGCUCGCAACUCCUCAAGUUGAAGUCUACACACAACAGACUGAGGUCGCCCCACAGACGGCCGCGAACAACUUUCACCCCAACGUUGAGCUGGCACCAGAGGUCAACUAUGCUGAUCAAUUCUUUGGGCCGGCAAACGGCUGGACUCCAUCCGUCGGUGCGACCGCCUUUCCUUCGGCACAACCGCAGACCACCUCAGUCUCUUUCCAGGGUCCACCGCAGGGUUUCGAUCUUCAUCAGCCCGGUCACUCUCAGCAAAUCUUCUCCCAGAACCCCUCUGGCCAGGCUUUCAACUUCACCGCGCCAACCCCUGGAAACCCUCUGCUACCAGCUUACGGAAACAACAACCAGUUUCUGCCCCAGGCCAAUACCUUCGGCACUCGGUUCACCCCGGAGGCAAUCUCAUCUCCUGGCUUCGUACCGAGCCUGAACACCACCCCGAGCCACAUCUCCACGGCUCCGACCACACCAUUCAACCCUCCUGAUACUCCAUUCUCCAGCGCACCACAGACGCCUUGGUCAUCUUACACCCCUGAGUUCACAUCUCCACAGAACCUCGGGUCAGCACCGGACAACCAGCAGUUCGCCGGUGCGUGGGACGCACAGAUGUCUUUCUGGGAGGACGUCAAUGCUCAGGGCAACCUCAUGUGA